UUGACAGUGAGCUCUGUUGUGUCAGUUGACUGUUGACGUAGGUUGAUGACAUCACCACGAAAAUGGCCGCCGAGAGUGAUGUCCUGUCUGAAAUUGAAGUGCUGCAGUCCAUCUACUUGGAUGAACUUAGUGUUACUCAGAAAGAUGAGGGAGGAUGGACGGUCAGUCUGGUGCUCUAUCCCUCCACUGCAGAGGACUCUCUCUCUCAGUUUGUUCGUCUCACUCUGACAAUGGAUCUGGACUCAGAGUAUCCACGUACAUCUCCUUGCUUCUCUAUUCACAAUCCACGUGGACUCUCAGAUGAUAAACUGCUCAGUUUACAGAGGAGUUUGCAGAUGGAGGCAGAGUCAUGUCUGGGAACUCCUGCACUGUAUCAGCUCAUAGAGAGAGCCAAAGAGAUCCUGACUGAGAGCAAUAUUCCUCAUGGGAACUGUGUUAUCUGUUUAUAUGACUUUAAGGAAGGGGAAGUGUUUACUAAGACCAGCUGCUAUCACUAUUUCCACUCACAUUGUCUUGGUCGCUACAUCACCCAUUCUGAAAUGGAGCUUAAAGAACGUGAGAAGGAGCUGGAGAAGGACAAAACCAGAGACCGGACAGAAGAAGAGGAGUUGCCUGUUGUUUGCCCCGUGUGUCGUGAGCCGCUGACCUAUGAUGUGGGUGCCCUUCUUUCCUCCCCGGCUCCUAGUUUCACCCAGCAGGAGGAUGCAGGCAUUGGUCGGGAAUUUAAAAAGAAAUGGGCAGAGCUCCAGAAGAUUCUGGAACGGCAGAAGGAAAAGGGUGGAGUUAUUGACCCGGAAGCAGAGUCUAAUCGGUUCCUCAUUCACAUUAAUGAGGUUCCAGCUAGUCAUUCUGACACCCCUGGCAUUGAUGCAUCAGGUGCUGAGUCUAGUCUGUCACUCCCUGCCUCGUCCCCAAAUUCCACCAAUUCAUUCCAAGCCUCUCCAAAUCAUCCCCCUGAAGGACAAUCACAGCGUCAGUCCAGUCAUGAUUGGAGGCAACAAGGUGACUUCAAGAGAGGUCGUAGAGGAAGAGGAGGUGGAAGAGGUGGAUUGGCACGUCACGCGAUAACUACACCUGGGGUGGCAUGCUUUGACAAGUUCUCGCAAUCUUCAGAAAAGAUCAAUUGUGUCAACUCUGCCCUACCGAACAACACAUCACAAGUAGAAAACAUAGCACAAGGAGAGUCAUGUGAACUCAAUGAUAAUACAGCACAGCUCAGGCAACCUUUGACCUUUGAAGAAAAACCUGUUUCUGCAGACAAGGUUACUUCCAGUAUAUCCAAAUGUGGACAUGAUGAGAGCCAACAAAAAGGGUAUAUUUCUAAAGAGGUUACUCAGACAAUCUUACAGGAAGGACGGCAGGAAAGGGAACAACUGGGUAGAGGAUGGAAGCGUGGUAGUCGUGGCUCAGGACGACUUUAUGGACACUGGCAGGAGAGGAGCUUUAAGGGACCCAGUCACUGGGAUAAUUCUGGGGGUGCUGGCCACCGUGGAGAAGGACAUAGAGCCAGAGAGAGAGGGGGUGGGUCUCAUAGAGGAGGCGGGAGGGGUUUGUAUCAGAGAGUGGAAAAAGAGUUUAGGAAGGAGGGAGUGCUCUGACAGUGUGAAAGGGGUUGUACAGGCAUAGGAAUAAGAAUACCUCCCAGUUUCACCAGCUGUACCUUUAUCGUUUAAUGUCCAAAAUAAAAUUCUGCACAAGCAUUAAACUGAUUUAGGCCUAUGUUUUU